GUCCUCAUCGUCUUCGACGUCCUCCUCGUCUCUUUGUCGCCGUCGCGAGCACUCUUUCACAGACUUUGUCAUUCCCUAGACCGGCAGGCUCCGCUGGUCUUGUCUAGACAUCGUUGCACGCACCCCGGAACGUGUUGCUUGAUUCUAGCCAACCCCGACUCGACGUCGACUUGCAGUCCUUAGCUUUUCAGCCUUUCAACAAAACAUGUCUAGUCUCGCUCCCCCCAGCCCUAGUGUGUCCCCCGCUCCCGGCGGAAACCCCGGCGGCAGGUCUCCCAACUUCCGCGCAUCCAUGGGACCUACCUCCGCCAGGCCUGUCGGCGCACAGGGCGGUCUUUCUCCCGCUUCUCCUCGCCCGGGUGCGACCAACGGUGGUGCGCGCCCCACAAGCGAGCUUUUGGGCGGCGCGGGCAUGUUCCAGACCCCGGAAGCCGAAGCAAUCGACCAGUGGUUCGAGACUUUCCAGAACUACGAGGUGACGCUGGAAGAAAUGGCUGCUGCCUCUCUUGACGUCAAUUUCAAGGAGGAACUGAGUGCCAUCGAGCAAUGGUUCAAGGUUCUUUCCGAAGCCGAGCGCACAGCCGCUCUUUACAGUCUUUUGCAACAUUCUACGCAAGUUCAGAUCCGAUUCUUCAUCACCGUCCUGCAGCAAAUGGCCCGGUCCGACCCCAUGACCGCUCUCCUCUCCCCCGCCGUCGGUGGCUCAAUGCAGAGCCAGAUGGAGGCAAAGCUCGCGAGCAUGAGUCUUAAGUCUCCUGGGUUGAAGUCUAACUUACCGGGGUCGCCGACAACACGCAACUUCUCCGGUUCGGGCAUCGGCGGCGGUAACUCUUUCCUCUCUCCCGAGUCCGCCAACAACGCUAGCGAGGCUGCAGCUACGCUUGCCCAGCAGCGUGCGAAGCUCAAGGCGAGCAACGCAGCCCACCGUAUCUCCGCACCUGUGCUCUCAUCUGUUGGGGGCGAUCGCAACACCUGGGGUUCAGGUUCCAACCAGCUCGGACAGGUUGAUGAGCGCUCAUCGUCCCCGGCGCAGGAGAUUACGAUCUCGCCCAAUCCCUCGUCGCGCCCGAAGAGCACCGACUUCUCUGGUCUUGCGAAUGCGUUGAAGUCCCCGCGAGGCGAUGAAGGCGAUCAGCUUUCUCCCAUGCCGGGUGGUAGUUGGGCGAGCAUGGUCAACACCCCGCUCAUUCCAAUUUUCAAGGACACACGCAACCCUAGUCAGAGCCUCGACGCCGCUGCCCAGAAGCUGAACGAUUGGACCGCCGGAGGAGGCGGUGCUGUCCCGCUCAUCUCGGACCCGCCAAAGAAGUACACCCGGCCCUCGAAGGGUGCGCAGAACACCGACAGCGAUGACAAUCACGGUCAGAAUGGCUCCGGGCAGCGUAACUUCUCCGGCGGUCUGCGCAACGUUAGUGGCAACGGCGGUUUCAACGGGUUUGGUGGCCAGGCGGGCUGGGCUGGCGCACGCAGCCCCGCUCUUUCGAACGCAUCCGGCCGGUUCAGUGACGACGGCAGCAUGAACGGUCUUGGCAUGGCUGGGUUCGGUGCGAUGGGCAUGGCCAACCCGGCCCUUGCGGGUCUCCCUGGCACCGGCGGGUUCAACAUGGCUGCGCUUGCCGCGGCGGGCAUGGCGCCCGUUAGCCCGUUCAACAGCAUGUUCAACGUGUCGAACCUCGCAGCGAUGGGCGUGACGCCGGAGCAGAUGUUGGCGAUGCAGAUGGCGGCGGCGGGCCAGCUUGGUCAGCUCGGCCAGCCGGGCCUGAAUGCGUUUGGGAUGGGCAUGGGGAAUAACGCGAACAUGCGCGGGAACCGGGGGUUAGGGAAUCGCGGGGGGAACAACAAGUCGCCCAGCCAGCGCGGGGAGAAGAAGGACGAUGAGGACGUCGACCCGAAGCUGCUCGAGGACAUUCCUGCGUGGCUGCGGAGCCUGCGGCUGCACAAGUACACGCCCAACUUCGAGGGCGUAAAUUGGCGCGACAUGGUGAUGAUGGACGAGGCCCAGCUUGAGGCGAAGGGCGUCGCGGCCCUGGGGGCGCGAAGGAAGAUGCUCAAGACGUUCGAAAUCGUGCGCAAGAAGAUGGGCAUCGAGGAACCGGCCGGCGCCGCUGCUUCCUCUGCUUGAAAAGCAUAGCUUCAAAUACGUCGUGCUGCCGCUGGUGCUGUGCGCGGCUGGUGCUCGGUGUGCGCGCCCCUCGCGCUUUCGUCGAUCUCUUUCCGGGGCGGAAGCGGGGUGCGUGUGUUGGGGUACUGGUGACUGUGUGCAUUCGUGUAGGCGCACGUUCGGCCCAAGGGGCCAUGAAAGUUUUUCUUGGAUUGUCUCGUCGAUUCCUCACCUACUCCUGGCUAGGGUAUCCGUAUCCCCCUUAUACCAUACCGUGUCUUCACCACCACCCUUCUUACUAGCGAAUCAAGUAUUACGGCGGCGGCCGAGUCAACAUGUGUCAUUCAGGAUCCGAGUGUAUGCCUAGCUGUAAUCUGACAUGUAAAUAGGACUACAUCCUCUAUUUAUAUUCCCUUCCUCUCA